GGGCGGGUCGCCAUGGCAACGGGGCGGAGGGGGUCACCCCGAGCGCGCGCGCGGGCCCCGGCGCCCCGCCCCGCCCUCCGGCCGCCGGCCCCAGCCCGCGACUGACCCUCGGCAGCUCCUGUAGUCACGUGGCGCUGGGAACCGGGGGGGGGCCGGGGCCGGGCCUGGCGCCCUGAACUCGAACCUGCCGCUGUCGCCGCGGCGCUGCGGCCUCAUGGACGCGCCCCGCGCCCCCGCGCCCCCCGCCGGACAGGUACGGCCCGCGGCUCUGCAGCCAGAGGCCUGAGCUCUGCCAUGGGGGUAGGGGUGUCCUUACUGCUGCAGUUCUCGCUGACUUCUGGGGGCUACCAGAGUGUGGGCCGGACCAGGCGCUGCAGCCACCGAAGUCUCCCCGGGACUCGCCCCGACAGCAGCUGGACAAGGCCUCGUCUCCAGCCCCGCGGUCUCCAGGAGGAAGAGCCCAUGCUGGAACGGCGCUGCCGGGGCCCCCUGGCCAUGGGCCCGGUGCAGCCCCCGCAGGCGCCGGGGAAAGAGCCCCGCGGGCUGAGGUCGCCGGGCCCUUCCGUGGCCCCAGCGGGCAGCCAGGCCCCCGUGAGGGCGCAUCGCUGUGCCCACUGCCGGAGGCGCUUCCCGGGCUGGGUGGCCCUGUGGCUGCACACCCGCCACUGCCGGGCGCGGCUGCCCCUGCCCUGCCCGCAGUGUGGCCGCCGCUUCCGCCACGCCCCCUUCCUGGCGCUGCACGGCCAGGUCCACGCGGCGGCCACCCCCGACCUGGGCUUCGCCUGCCACCUGUGCGGCCAGAGCUUCCGAGGCUGGGUGGCCCUGGUCCUGCACCUGCGGGCCCACUCGGCCGCCCGGCGGGCCCUGGCCUGCCCCGACUGUGACCGCCGCUUCUGGCGCCGGAAGCAGCUGCGCGCCCACCGCCGGCGCUGCCCCCCGCCGCCGGCCCCCGAGGCGCGGCCCUUCAUCUGCGGCAACUGCGGCCGCAGCUUCGCGCAGUGGGACCAGCUGGUGGCUCACAAGCGCGUGCACGUGGCCGAGGCCCUGGAGGAGGCGGCCACCAAGGCCCUGGGGCCGCGGCCCCGGGGCCGGCCCGCCGUGACGGCCCCCCGGCCCGGGGGCGACGCCGUGGACCGCCCGUUCCAGUGCGCCUGCUGCGGCAAGCGCUUCCGCCACAAGCCCAACCUGAUCGCGCACCGGCGCGUGCACACGGGCGAGCGGCCGCACCAGUGCCCCGAGUGCGGGAAGCGCUUCACCAACAAGCCCUACCUGACGUCGCACCGGCGCAUCCACACGGGCGAGAAGCCCUACCCAUGCUCCGAGUGCGGCCGCCGCUUCCGCCACAAACCCAACCUGCUGUCGCACAGCAAGAUCCACCGGCGCUCGGAGGGCGCGGCCGCCGCGCUGCUGCCCGCGGGGCCCCUGGAGCCGCCGGCGCCGCCGCCGCCGCCGCCGCCGCGCGCCGCCCCCGAGCCCCCGCCCGCGCCGCGGGCCGAGCCCCCCGCGCUGCUGUUCGGCUGCGAGGACUGCGGCCGCACGUUCCGGCUGGAGCGCUUCCUGCGCGCCCACCAGCGCCAGCACAGCGGCGAGCGCCCCUUCGCGUGCCCCGAGUGCGGCAAGACCUUCGGCAAGAAGACGCACCUGGUGGCGCACGCGCGCGUGCACUCGGGCGAGCGGCCCUUCGCCUGCGACCAGUGCGGCCGCCGCUUCUCGCAGGGCAGCCACCUGGCGGCCCACCGGCGCGACCACGCGCCCGAGCGGCCCUUCGUGUGCCCGGACUGCGGCAAGGCCUUCCGCCACAAGCCCUACCUGGCCGCGCACCGGCGCAUCCACACGGGCGAGAAGCCCUACGUGUGCCCCGACUGCGGCAAGGCCUUCAGCCAGAAGUCCAACCUGGUGUCCCACCGGCGCAUCCACACGGGCGAGCGGCCCUACGCCUGCCCCGACUGCGACCGCAGCUUCAGCCAGAAGUCCAACCUCAUCACGCACCGCAAGAGCCACAUCCGGGACGGCGCCUUCUGCUGCGCCAUCUGCGGCCAGACCUUCGACGACGAGGAGAAGCUCCUGACCCACCAGGGGAAGCACGACGUCUGAGCGGGGCGGCGGUCCCCCUGGGGCCCUGGGUGGCCGCCGGGGUCGCCUGGUGAUUGGCUGCCCGCCCCCCCAAGGGCUGGGGGAGGCGGGGAGGGAGCUGGGCCCCGUGAGGAGGUUGGGCGCCCCCUCCCCGCCAUGCCCACCGCAGGGCCCCGGGCUCCAGCUGUUGGUCUGCCUGGAGAAGUAGCAAUAGCAGCUCUGUGUACCCCGUAGGGCCAUCUGGCUGAGGAGUCGCUGGCGCCGGAAGAGCCUCCGGUGCAAACGCCUUAACGUCCGUCUCUUAGUAGGUCCCUUCUGUGCUCUCCCGGAGGUCGCCGUGCUACAGAGCUUAGUAACCCAGUAUCCGGAGGGUGCGCCUGUUGGGGCCGCCCCGGAGAACCCACUCGCCUUGUUGCAGCGCCUGGGAGGCGAAAACGAGCUCCUCCGGCCCACCAGACCCCCCCCCUGCGCUCCCGCCAUCCGGCAGGGGACACGCGCUCCUGUUAGUGGCUCCCCGAAGACCUUCCUCCUUGGUCAGAUCUGCUUUAGAUGCCGCGAGAGUGGCCCCUGGCUGUUGGCUGCACCCCCGCGCUUGCCGCAUCCCUCCAGAGCUCAGCACCCGUGGGGAGCAGCACCCAUGGGGAGCACCACCCGCCCCAGCAGCGGGGGUGGGUGAGGGGAGAGGGCAGGGAGUUCGCUUUGCAUUUCCCAGUCGCUGAACACUCAGGUGACAGGGAUCCCCCCACCUGCUGCCACCCAGGUUCUGUCGUAGGGUAGUUGUUAGAAAUUCUUCCGUACCGAAUGGAAUCUGCUGUCCUCUGAUUUCUACCUGUUGGGCUUUGUUCUGUCCUCUGGAGCGGAACCACCACCUCUCACCCUCCUUUUUCAACUAGACAAUAAAGAUUCGGUUUUAGA